UUUUCUUUUAAUAUUUUAACCACCCUAUCUGUUUCAAUUUACACCCCACCCCAUCAGACUUACUCCCCGUCUCCGAGUCUCUCCAUGUCCUCCAUAACAUUAGCCACCACGAGCACCGCCAUCGAGCUCCCUUUGCAUUCCUGUUGGGAGCCAGAGAGAAGAUGCACAUUUUCCAGAAACUAUUCAAUGGCUUCAGGCGACGUGUUUGGGUGAAUCGUUGUUAUGCUUCUUCUCCUGGCCUUGCCCUUGCUGAUUCAUUUCAUCUCAAUCCAGACAUUCCUCUAUGCUCAAGGAACCUCAACCCACCUCUCAAUUAUGUCUUUCCAGGAACUGACACUGAAUGCAGAGAUGUGAUCUGGCAGAGUAAACCGGAACAGCAAGCUCCAAUGGCUUAUUAUGUUCCAAAUAUGCUUGAACUUAACUCACAAAUUAAGCAACUAAUGAAACUGGGAAAACUUUGUGAAGCUAGGGAUAUGUUUGAUAAAAUGGCUCACAGAGAUGAGAUUUCAUGGACAAAUUUAAUAGCGGGUUAUGUCAAUGCCGCAGACUCGAAUGAAGCAUUGAUCUUAUUCUCAAAUAUGUGGGUCAACUCUGCACUUCAAAAGGACCAAUUUGUGGUUAGUGUUGCCCUCAAGGCUUGUGCACUUGGCACAAAUGUAUAUUUUGGAGAAUUAUUGCAUGGUUUUUCUGUGAAAUCUGGUUUGAUAAACUCAGUUUUUGUCAGCAGUGCCCUUGUAGACAUGUACAUGAAAGUAGGAAAAACAGAACAAGGUUGUAGCGUCUUUGAAAAAAUGACAACAAGAAAUGUAGUAUCAUGGACUGCCGUUAUUGUGGGGCUUGUACAUGCUGGUUACAGUUUGGAGGGACUAUUGUACUUUUCUGAAAUGUGGAGAUCAAAAGUGGGCUAUGAUUCACAUACAUUUGCCAUUGUUUUAAAGGCGUCUGCUGAUUCAGGUUUGUUACAUUAUGGGAAAUCCAUACACGGACAAACAAUAAAACAAGGCUUCAACGAAACUGCAUUUGUUAUUAAUAGUCUUGGUACCAUGUAUAGUAAAUGUGGGAAACCAGACUAUGUCAUGCGGUUAUUUGGAAAAACGAGGAUGCCGGAUGUAGUUUCAUGGACGAACCUCAUCACGACUUAUGUACAGAUGGGUGAAGAAAAACAUGCAUUGGACGCAUUUAAAAGAAUGAGAAAAUCUAACAUUGGUCCCAAUGAGUACACUUUUGCAUCUUUAAUUUCUGCUUGUGCGAAUCUCGCUAUUACUGAAUUGGGGGAACAAAUACAUGGCCAUGUAUUGCGUCUAGGUAUUGUAAAUGCCUUGUCGGUGGCAAAUUCCAUUAUCACUCUUUAUUCAAAAUGCGGGCUGUUACAUGAAGCUUCAUUGGUAUUUCAUGGUAUGCCUAGAAAAGAUAUUAUUUCUUGGAGCACUAUAAUUUCUAUUUAUUCUCAAGGAAAUCACGCAAAAGAAGCUUUCAACUAUCUAUCACGGAUGAGAACGGAAGGGCCGAAACCAAAUGAGUUUGCUCUUGCUAGUGUUUUGAGUGUUUGUGGAAGCAUGGCACUUCUUGAACCAGGUAAGCAGGUGCAUGCUCAUGCCCUGUGCAUUGGCCUGGAUCAUGAAGCAAUGGUUCAUAGUGCUCUUAUUAGUAUGUAUUCAAGGAGUGGAAAUCUGCAAGAGGCUUCAAAAGUCUUUGAUGGUAUAAACAAUACUGACAUCGUAUCAUGGACUGCAAUGAUUAAUGGGUAUGCCGAACAUGGUAACAGCCAAGAGGCUAUUAGCUUGUUUGAGAAUAUUUCUGGUGUUGGUUUAAUGCCAGACUAUGUGACGUUUAUUGGGGUUUUGACUGCUUGUAACCAUGCUGGAUUGGUUGAUCUUGGUUUCCACUACUUUAAGUUAAUGACUAAUGAGUAUCAGAUUGCUCCUUCAAAAGAGCACUACGGUUGCAUGAUUGAUCUUCUAUGCAGAGCAGGGCGGUUGAGUGAAGCUGAGCGUAUGAUACGAAACAUGCCAUUCCUUUGUGACGACGUUGUGUGGUCUACCUUACUCCGAGCAUGUAGGGAUCACAGGGAUGUUGACCGAGGAAGAUGGGCAGCAGAACAAAUGCUUCGCUUGGAUCCAAAUUCUGCUGGAACUCACAUCACUAUGGCUAACAUAUAUGCUGCCAGUGGAAGAUGGAAGGAAGUAGCACAUUUAAGAAAGUUAAUGAAGUCAAAGGGAGUCAUAAAGGAAUCAGGAUGGUCUUGGAUUAAUGUCAAUGAUCAAUUAAAUACAUUUGUUGCUGGGGAUCAAUCUCAUCCCCUAAGUGAACAUAUAACAACGGUUCUGGAAUUACUCAGCACGAGUAUAGGAGAUGCAAGGCAGGAUUUUGCUUCUAUUGUAGAAGAUAUCGAAGAUUAGAAGAGUUUCUUUCUUCAGUGGAGAAUGCUAAGAAUAGCUUUCCAUCAUCAAAGAAAAGGCGGCUGAACGGGAGCUCAGCCGAGACACUCCUCUUCACAAUGAGGACGACGCUUAUAAUCUUACUGCGGAAACUCUCAAGAGAGGCAAUGAUGAGGUUCUGGCAACAGUAGUAUUCUGCUCAGUCCCAUGCCAAAUCUAUCCAUUCGCAAACACUCCACUCCCCUUCAAAAACUCCCAAAGAUAUCCUCGAGUUUUAGAUGCCGACUCUAGUGCAUGGUUAAGACGUGUAUUUAUUCUUGUCAUAUCAGGAAUGGUUUCGAGGACACUUCUUGAUGUUUGAUUUUUGCAGCAUUGCUGUAUUGUCUGUUCUUGUUAGAAAUGGCUGAGAAGUGUUUUAAACAUGCAAUGGAUUUGAGUGGAUUGUUACCUCUAUGUUUUUCUUUUGGAUAUACUGAAGGAGUAUUAAAACUUGCAACUCUUGCUACAGCAAGGGACUUUAAUUACAAGGUUAAUCCAAAAGCCGCACACUCUUUGACUGAUUCUGAAGAGUAUCCUAGUUUGAAGAUUGGCAUGAUGCACUUGCUGUUGAAUCUAAAGAUGCAGAAACAAGACUGACCAACCAAUUCAGCUUAUUUGCAUCGCGUUGAGUCAGAAUAACUGGUGAUUUCAUGGUUAACGCGCCAUUGUGGAGCUUUCUGAAUUAAAAUGGCAUAGUAUAUUCAGAUGGCUCAUUCAAUGUCAAGAGGAGUUUUUACUCCAGACAAGGAGCCGUGGUUGAACUCCCUUUUUGCCUUCCGAAUAUCAAGUCAAGAAUGAAGUUCGCAUUCGGAGCAGAGUUUGGAGCUUUCGAGGUGUCUCUGUGCAGCAACUUUUGGUUUCUUUGGAAUCACAGCUGUAAUUUCGUUUUCGCGUCCCAAGGCAGUAUUGACGUCAAAGCAAAGAAGCUAUAAAAUACAGCUUCCACGAGGGUCAAAUGAAAGCUUUUAUAUGGUUGCUUGCGGCUCAUGCUAAAGGAAAUUAUCAGACGAAAGAGAUACCCGUAGAAGUACUUUUCAAGUCUAAAGAGUUUAUGAAAUAGUGAAGACUAAUAGUGCCUAAUAACUUAUCAAAUUAUUUAUGCAUCUAUAACAUUUCUUUGGGAAAAUAUUUGUCAAAUUGUUUGAGAAUGAUAAUUUGUUCAUUUAUUUUUUUGAAAAAUUGUCACUUUAUUUUUUCGAUGUAAUAUUAAUUAAAUUUUAUCAA